AUGCCUUCCAGCAAGAAGAAGACCAAGACCACCGCACCCUACAAGACGGAGACUGUUGGCUGCCGCUCCACCGCACCCGGCCAACCCGGAGCACUUGCGGGCGUCUCGUACACCGAGCUCUUUACCCAUGCCCUACAAGGCUUUGAAGACUCUCAAUUUAGCCCUGUCCUUAAGGCCAUACAGUUCGAAGAUUGGGAGCAACUCCCAACCCACACUGUCGCCGUCCGCCGCGGCGACUUAGCGAACCCUGACGCACGCUGCGACAAGAAUGACCUUGUGGUCAAGGAGAAAUACUAUGGACUUAUAUGGAACUGGUGA